AUGGCAGACAAUGCACAUCAACGAGGGAAAAAGAGGCCAUACAAAGAUACAAAUGCGAGUUUUGCUUUCAGACAUGUCGUUGUUUCGUUGUGCAAUAAAACAGCAGAAGUUCGACAAAAUGAGCUGAAAGUCUCAAUAGAUGAACGUUCUGGAUCAGUUCAAGAUUCUAUGGUUGCAUUGUCAAGUGUCCUCGACGAAUUGAUCGCAAAUCCGAAUAAGUGUAUGCCCUUUAAUGAGGCGUUUUACGAAUAUGCCGGAAAAUUGCCCAACAUCGCGUGCAUGCCUAAUAAGAAGGAAGCUCGACGGCAAUUUAAAGACAGGAUUUUGUCGAAAAAUGGUUUGCCCAUUCUGUUCUUAAACGAUGAUGGCAAUACUUAUGUAAUGCUAUUAGAUCUUCCGUUGAAUAACAUUUCAUUGUGUCGUAGCAUUGACUUCGUACUAGAUUGUGGAAGUAUGGGAGAACAUGAACAAUUCGACUGGAGUUUAGUUGGUUGUCAUAUUCCAACUUUAUUGAAAUUAUUGUCAACCUCAAAGGACAGGGCCAUUUUAGUGUUUAUCCUUUCUAGUAUUGUUUCACCCAUUAGAUUGGCCCUGCUACUUGGCAUGCAACACCAGCACACUCAGAAGGUCAAGAAAAAGGUUGAAGAAUUUCUUAAUGAAGUGGAACGAAAACAAGAAGAAGCAGAAAAAGAAAGUGAAAAACACAUAGAAGAUAUUAUAUCAAGAUUGCAGACAGAGAUAGAGCAAGAUGCAAAAGAUCUCAGUUCAAAAAGAAUGAGGCUUGAUGAAGAAGAAAUUGAGAGCCGGAAUACCGACGCAGAGAUGAAAAAACAACGGAAGGAGAAACUUCAGAAGGAUUCAAAACAGAAAGCAAAGAAAAGGGUAGCAAAGAGGUUGUUUAAAAAAUGGAAAUCGCAGCUUAUGUCACAGCAGGGAAAAGGAAAAGGCCGAUUCAGCAUUGAUCGAGGAGCUGAAAAAGCCAUUUAUGAAGUACUGCAAGAGCAGUUACAAUCCCACCGAAGAAGAUGGGGAGAGGAGGGGACAGGCUACCUUGAACAUGAGAGGAGAAUUCACUCCAAAGAGAUGAAAAAAAUUGCAAAUAAAUAUCUUAAGAAAGCAGGUAAAAAGCCAGUCCUUUCAAAAGAAACAGUACGUUCUUGGGGCAAGUGCAGGAACAAACGAUCUCGUCAAUCAAAACAACAUCGCGGUUUGAAUCUAUGGGCACACCUUCGGGCUGAAAAGAAACAGCAAGACAAGCAUAUCAAUAUUCACUAUAACCGUGCGCAUGUAAAAAACUACACACGGUUUUCCUUUUCGCGCUCAAGUGUUGUUCAUGGGAAAAAUUUAGUUGUAAGGCGAGCUAUUGAUGACAAGGCUUACAUUCGAUGUGGAACCUCAGAAGGCUUCUGUAGACCACUUCACACCCCUGAAUACUGGUCCUGA